UAAAAGCCCCCGGUCAGCAUCCGAAACGAUAUCAGUCGCCCAAAGUUUCCCGUUCGCUUAUCAUCUCUAGUCCGUAACCUUUUCUACAAGCCUGAAAAUGUACAAGAAACUGUUCAUCACGUGUUUGGUGUUGGCCCUAUCGAACGCCGCUCCGAUAGAGGAACCGGCCGCCGAGGUCCGUGUCUCCCGCGAUGCUCCUGCACCUGCCGCAUCUGAUGAUGCCAGCGCAACCAUCCUGAACCAAGAGCAGAUCAUCAACGGGGACGGUAGCUAUGCGUACAGCUUCGAAACCAGCAACGGAAUCCGUGCCAACCAGCGCAGUGACAACGGCAUCAACGCCAACGGCGAGUAUUCCUACGUUGCUCCGGACGGUGUGGAGUACCGCGUGACGUACGUUGCCGACGAGGCCGGAUUCCAGCCGAUGGGUGCCCAUCUGCCGGUGGAACCACCAGCACCGGACCAUGUCAUCAAGAUGCUGGAGGAUCUGCGUGCGGCCAACAAUCCGGAGUUUGACCUUGCCAGCCUGGAUGCCACGCUUGCUCGGCUGAAGGCCACCCAGACCCAGCAGGGUUAAGGGGGGAGUCGGUGAGAAAGGGGCCAUACCGGAUGGCUGUGUGAUGAAACGUUGUUCCACGGUGGUGGAAUUUUGUACAUAUUUCAAACAUUAAAAGAGACAGGACGAAUAGUGCAAUGCGAUUAUAGUUAGUAAGAAAGACUGUAAAUAUAUAUUUUGUUAUCUAAAAUUUUA